CAGACAGAAACGUGUGAAGGAGGUUUUGUAUCUCAUAAGAAAGGGAGAAAGAAGAAGAAUGGCUGCGAAAUUUUACGACCUCACGGCCAAGCUGUUGACGGGGGAAACGUUUAACUUCUCGUCCCUUCAGGGCAAAGUGGUCCUCAUUGAGAAUGUGGCGUCUCUCUGAGGUACGACCACCAGGGAUUACACCCAGAUGAACGAGCUCCACCAGCGGUACGCCGACAAGGGGCUCGUUAUCCUGGGAGUGCCCUGCAACCAGUUCGGCCAUCAGGAGAACUGCAAGAAUGAAGAAAUCCUCCUGUCUCUGAAGUACGUCCGUCCUGGAAACGGCUUUGAGCCAAAGUUUCAGCUCCUUGAGAAGGUGGAUGUGAACGGAAAGAACGCCGAUCCCUUGUUUGUGUUCCUGAGGGAGAGUCUCCCGUUCCCCAGCGACGACCCAUCAGCCCUGAUUAGCGACCCCAAGCUGAUCAUCUGGAGCCCGGUCUGCAGGAACGACGUGGCCUGGAACUUUGAGAAGUUCCUCAUCGGCCCGGAUGGAGUUCCCUUCAAGCGCUACAGCAGGAGGUUCCUCACCAGCGACAUUGAAGGAGACAUCAAGAAGCUCCUCAGUCAGGCAAAAUAAGGAAUCCUCCAAGAUGCUCAGCCGUCCUACAGCUUCCACUUGCACCAGCCUUUGAACACAAGUUCUCACUGUUUUCCCUCCAUAGUUUCUGUAGAUGGUGCAGACAUUUCCACACCACCUGUGCUCUCUUGUACUUGAUGGCUACUGUUGUGUUCUUUUACUAAAUGAAGACAUCCUCUGAAACCAAGUUGUGUGGAGGUAAUCUGAUAAAGCGUAAAAGGCAGAACUUUUGUAGCUGCACUGGGUGCACAUAAAGCACAGUUGGCGUGACGUAUGAAGAGGACCAAUAAAUGUAUUUUUUCACGA